AUGGAAUCACGGAAACGCAAGACCAACGGAAAGCUCACCAACCUGUUGGAAAAAACAGCACCUCAGCAUAGCAACACCCCCACCUGUAACGAUAAAGCCGUACUGAACGCCACUACAGCAACAGUUCCAAAAGAGACUAUGACACUUCUCAGCCUCGGGCGCAAAUUCGCUCUGCCAAUCACAAACAUCAACCAGGUGCCCUUCUGUCAUGUACUAGCCGAUGUUGAAGCCAUCCUACGCGUGUACCCAGACCAAGCAGUUCAAGAUCGCAAUAGGUGCCAGAUAGCAACACAAAUCCAGAACUACAUCUCCAAAACAAAAUACAAUCAAUACAAAAUUCCGCUCCAAAGUUUCUGCCAAAAUGCAAUUACCACCACCACCAAAUUCCUCGCCCAGAACCAAAACAUCUGCAUGCUCGAAGCUGAUAAAGGCAACAGAACGGUCAUCAUGUACAAGCAGGAGUACGACCGCAAAAUUACAGCAUUACUAGACGAACCAGCGUACCAAGUCGUGUCCAAAGAUCCGACUCCAUCCAUCCAGAGACAACACAACAUGCUAAUCACUAGAUUACUCAGUCUUAAACUAAUCGAUACAAAAACAUCAAUGCGUUUAAAAUCGAACGUAGCUGUUUGUCCACGCAUAUACGGACAACCAAAGGCGCAUAAGGACAAUCUACCACUACGCCCGGUGGUUCCCAACAUUACUGCACCGACAUACCAACUAUCGAAGUACAUAGCCAACAUACUACAGAAAUCAUUCAACAGUGAGUACAAUAUUUCCGAUAGCUUCCAAUUCGUCGAGUACAUAAAACAGACCACCCUACCACCUAACUACGUCUUAGUCUCUUUCGAUGUGGUCUCACUGUUCACAAACAUACCCAUCGAGCUUGUUACCCAUGAUAUAAUCAUGGAAUGGAGCAAUAUACGAAAUUCAACUGACAUAAAUCUAGAUCUGUUUCUCGAACUAGUUGAAUUUUGCGUCAACAAUAGCUACUUUCGCUUUCGGGACAAAUACUACAACCAAACGUUUGGUACCGCCAUGGGCAGCCCCCUAUCGCCCAUUCUUGCCGAUAUUGUGAUGGAAAACCUACUAAAAACCGUAACCAGAAAACUACCAUUCGCCAUUCCCAUCAUCCGCAAAUACGUCGAUGAUCUCUUUAUGGCUCUCCCAAAAGAUCAAAUACCAACUACGCUCGACACCUUCAAUGCAUACAAUCCACACCUGCAAUUCACGAAAGAAGUCGAAUCCAAAAACAAACUUCCAUUCCUAGACACAAUUAUCACCCGUAAGUUCGACCAAUCUCUAUCCUCCCAAUGGUACGCAAAACCGAUAGCAUCAGGUCGCCUCCUCAACUAUCAUUCAUUCCACCCGCUAUCCAUGAAAAUGAACGUGGCCAAAAACUUUAUUGAAAGAGUCUUCCACCUGUCAACGGAGGACACCACCAAUGUUCAACAAAACAUCAUCUUCCAACAGCUCCGCAGAAACAAUUAUCCGUCAUCACUCAUCAAUAGACUCAUUCAUCGUAGCAAAAACGCACAUCGCAAUAUCAAUAUCACCGACUCAUCCGCUGCUAGCAUUCACAAUGUAAACAAAACACCUAGUAGCAUAGAUCACAGCUCAGAUGCAACACAGAUCACCCAGGUUUAUCGAUCACUGCCACACAUUCCAUCACUCAGCCCUUCAAUAACCAACUUGCUUAAAACGGAUUAUCCAAAUGUAAAAAUAACACCUAGGCCUCUCAAUUGA